AUGUCGAGCGAAUUGUACGAAGAGAUGCGUUUGUAUCGGACGGCCCGCGAGAGGGAGAAGUACGACAAUCUGGCGGAUCUGUACGCUGUGGUGAACAGUCUUCAGUGUCUGGAGAAGGCGUACAUCAAGGAUAGUGUGACGGCCAAGGAGUACACCGGCGCCUGUAGUAAGCUAUUGGUCCAAUACAGGGCUGCCUUCAAACAGGUCCAGUCGCCAGACCUGCCGGACAUCGAGACCUUCCUCCACAAGUAUCGGUUGGACUGUCCGGCGGCUAUGGAGCGCAUCAAAGAGGACCGUCCCAUCACUAUCCGGGACGACAAGGGGAACACCAGUAAAUGCAUCGCUGACAUCGUCUCGCUCUUCAUCACCAUUAUCGACAAACUCAGACUCGAGAUCAAGUCCAUGGAUGAGCUUCAGCCGGACUUAAGAGAACUGUACGACACUAUGAAUCGCUUGACUUUAGUCCCGUCCAGCUUUGAGGGCAAAGCCAAAGUGAAUGAGUGGUUGACGACAAUGGCAUCGAUGGCCGCCAGCGAUGAGCUCAAUGAGACACAAGUCAGACAAUUGAUCUUUGAUUUGGAGUCUUCUUAUAAUGCAUUCAAUAAAUUACUUCACGAGUCAUAG